CCUAAAAAGAAAAUUACUUUUUUAAGAAUUUCUUUAACACUGUAACUUUGAACAUGAGACAUCGUAAGCAAUCGAAAAAAGUUCGUUUACAGGAAGAGCGUAAGGAUCGAAUACUAAGAUUUCUUCAAGAAAAUCGAGAGGCCAGGCCUAUUGAUGCUUUAGAGAAACAAUCAUUCGCAAGCCAAAAGAAUCAACCUAAAAAUGUGGCCAAAAAUACCAAGACGGAGCUGGCAUCAUGUUUGAUCUUAACUCCCUCAACGGAUCAGCGAUUGAUUGGCGGUGAAAUAAUCCCGUCAGUUCGAAAAACGGGAACACAACCUCGAGACGAUGAAGAAUGCAAGUUCAAUGCACCGGGUGUAUUUUUUCUUAAAGGACGGAACACAAAUAUAAUCGAACAUGAAGUUGUCUUAAAACCAUCCCGACCCCAACGAAAGGAGUUGAAGAACAAAUGUGACUUCUUUCCAAAAUAUGUUAAUCCGCAAUCCUUUAAAGAGCAAAACACACAAACGCUAUAUAGGGAGUCCUCGGCGCAGACUUUGGCCUAUUUGCCCGAAAUCUAUCCUGGCUUUGAAGACCCCACCCUUGAGCUCUUUAGACUUCCUUCAGUGCUGCCUGGCAGUAAACCACCGGGACUCUAUGAGGUUGAAGUUUUGGAGCGAUCCCGAAAGCGUCAGAAAUUUUUGGAGGCUGUUAAGGUCAAUUUCAGCCAGAAGUGGCUCAAUGAUCAAAAACUAACCAAAUGCGAUUACAAAUCCCUGAUGGAGGCCCUCGAAUGGGAACACUGGAUGGGGCGGGAGGAGCAGAUCCAGGAGUGCCAAAUGAUGCGACUGGAGAUCGUGAUCAAGAUGUUUGACAAGAGGGAAAAGGAGAUGCAUGCCGCAUCCAAGACUCGAUUGGAAAGAGGAUACGAACUGAUUGAGAAACGUCGCAAGGAGGCGUUGCAAAAGAACGAAAUCGAGUACCAGCGUGGGAUGCGCCAAAUAAGUAAGGAACUGGCCAAGACCUCUCUGAAGUGGGAGAAGCAGACGCCCAUGUACAGCCUGGGAUCCCCUUGUUCCGACUUUUACGCCCCACCCAUGAGAUACGGCGUGGAUCCGGCCCGACGAAACUUCGCCUCAACCACUGGCACUCGGGCUUUCAACAUGCGAAUCGACGAACUGGAGAGGCAAAUCAAUCUCAGAAUAGUCGAGUGUCCCUUCGCCAAACUGAAGCAGUGGUCUCGGCCAAAGGAACGGAUUCAAGAGGUCGAGAAUCGUUUCUGCAGUGAGACCCAUCUGGAUGCCCUUUACCAAUCUCUUAGGAAACUGAGUGACAGCCACGAAGAUCAAAGGCCUAAACCGGAUUGUCUUAAGGUACGCCCCAAAUCGCAAUAUAUGUCAAGCGAACCCUCCCGGCAAAGAUUGAUGACAAUGAAGAGUUUCUCCAGUCUGUAUGCCAAAAAUGAGGAAAUCGCACGACAAUCGCAGAGACUCUCGGCAAGGGAGGCUCUUAGACAGAAGCUCAGUCGGCAGAGAAAUCAGUUACCCGUUGAAGGUGCUGAAAAACGGUCUAAAGAUGAUAGUGGAGGGGAUAUGAGGAACAUGAUUGUCGCCUACGAAGGUAGUGCGAUUGGUUAUGUGCUGCAGUUCCUCACAGACGAAAUGAAACGGCUGAGGGAGGAGCGUCGGAUGCACUUCCUCUCCGUUCUGGCCCAAAAGGAGCGCUGGCGAAGGGAGUCCAUCGAGGCGGGAUUGAGGCAGAAGGAGAACACCAUGAGGAUGCUGUACGAGGAGAUGUUCCAGCAAUCGAAUCUGAUCCGCUCCGAUAUCAGUAAUAGGUAUAUCCUCAACAUUCUGACCAACGAUGUGGGUUGCAUGGCUGAGAAUGAAGCAACCGAGACGGUUACCGGACUGGCCAGGCAAAUCGAUGUGGACAUAGAACGCUGGCUGGAGUCCUUCAAACUCAUCCAGAAUCCGCUCACCUUUAUACCCCUGCGGCUCAUGCUGAAGGACAUGGUCUGUCCGGAUCUAAAUGCUGUGCUCCAGCGCUAUGAGACAUCUAUGAUUGCCCAGUACAUAGUGGACGAGGUGAUCUUCGGCAGAGUGUGGAAGGAAUUGGAACCGUACGACAUAACUAGCACACUGACUAGCGAUCUAAUCGAUCGCCUCAUCGACAACGAUCUGUAUUUGUUCUCCUCCUCGGAAAGUGAAAGCGAAUCGCCCCAGGACACUUCGUGGUAUGAAGCUCAUGCCAUAAUACGCAAACUUAUUCGACAAUCGGUUCCGGGCAGACGUUGGAAAGAGGAGAUCGAGCGCAUCGUCUACGAGAACUAUAAUGACCUGUUGGAUGACAUCUUUACCGAGAUCAUUUACAAAAAUGAUAAUCCAGCACCCAUCGAACCGGUCGUAGUGUACCACUCGCUGUCGCACGAAAAUCUGUUAGUUGACGGUGAAAAACGCUUAAAGCAACGUGAAAAGGGAAAACUGCUGGAAUAUCAAUCUGACAUAAACUACGGUUCUCGAGUGCUGAAAACCCAACUUUUAAACCUUAAGAAGAAAAAAAAAAUGAAUAUGCCGGCUUCCCUUGAUACCCUUUAUAGCAAGACUAAUCCACUGUCACCCGACGCCGAUGAUAACCCUUGGGAUUAUCUUCCGGAUUGUAUUACACCACCAUUGCAAGAAUGUUGCGAUACUGACAUCGAGAAUCUGUAGGAAUCCUAGCUUAUAAAGCAAAAAAAAAAGGGUUUUUUAAAUUG